AUGGCUCUUACCCAGUUUGCCUACCGCACUCUUAAGGGGAUCGGCGUCGUCAACGGUGCACCUACUUACGAGUCGCUCUCGGGUUUCGAAAGACCCCAAGGAAAUCUGCGGUGCUGCUCCUACUCCCCCUGCGGCCGGUAUUUUGCAUGGGCCUCCCCUGAAAAGGUCAAUAUUAUCGACGCUGAUACAGGAGUCAUCAUCUCCACCCUUCCCGCCGAGAAUGUUUUCGAGCUGGGCUUCUCGCCCAAGGGUACCUACAUAAUCACGUGGCAACGGCCUUCCAAAGAUGACAACGGUGACGCCGUCAAGAAUCUCAAGGUGUGGCUGGUCAUUGACGAGAAGGCCCUGGCGGAAGGCGUCGACAAGGAACCGGUCGCCAGAUUCGUACAAAAAUCUCAGACUGGGUGGAACCUGCAAUACACGCAAGAUGAGACCUUUUGUGCGAGAGUGGUUACCAACGAAGUGCAAAUCUAUGAGAGCCACGACCUCAAGACAGUCUGGAAUAAAAUCCGGGUCGAGGGUGUGACGGACUUUGCAGUGUCUCCCGGGAAGAGCCACACCAUUGCAGUCUUUGUGCCAGAGAGAAAGGGACAACCCGCUGCUGUCCGAGUGUACAACGUGCCCAACCUCAACACGCCCAUAUCACAGAAGAAUUUCUUCAAAGGCGACAAAGUUCAGCUCAAGUGGAAUGACCAUGGCUCUUCCUUGAUUGUGCUGGCACAAACUGAAGUCGACAAGACCGGCAAAAGUUACUACGGGGAGACCACACUCUACCUCCUUAGUGCCAAUGGCGGCUUCGACUCACGGAUAGAUUUAGACAAGGAGGGCCCCAUCCACGACGUUGCUUGGUCACCGAAGUCAAACAGCUUCGCUGUUGUGUACGGCUAUAUGCCGGCCAAGACUGUGAUAUUCAACGCCCGAGCCCAGCCAGUGCACACAUUCCCCCUCGGACCGCGCAAUACUGUGCUCUUUUCACCCCAUGGGCGUUUCGUUCUUGUGGCCGGUUUCGGAAAUCUUGCUGGUCAGAUGGACAUUUAUGACUUGGAGAAAGACGUCGCCAAGAUUUGCACCAUCGAGGCGAGUAAUGCAAGCGUGUGCGAAUGGUCGCCUGACGGCAUUCAUAUCUUGACCGCAACCACGUCGCCCCGACUGCGAGUCGACAAUGGCAUCCGGAUCUGGCAUGCUGGUGGCUCUCUGAUGUAUAACGAGGAUCUGAAUGAGCUCUAUCACGUUUGUUGGCGGCCGCAACCGGCCGAUGCUCAUCCUCUUGGUGCUAACCCGCUCGCCGAUGUUCCCACCGCACAUAGUAGUGCGAUGGAAUAUAUGGCAGCUCGGAAGACGCCCAGCAAACCUGCUGGUGCGUACAGACCACCAGGCGCUCGUGGACAGGUGACGCCUCUGGCCUUCAAGCGCGAAGACGAAGGUGGUGCCGCCUUCGUUCGCGAGGGCAUUUCGUCAUUCUCAAGCAACAUCAAUGGUUUCGGAAAACCUCGGCAACGCAUUGUUCCAGGAGCCGAGCCCGCUGAAGAAAAGACACCGCUCCCUCCUGGCGCUGCUCCUGGAGGGGGCGUGAGCUUGACGGGCACCGGGGAGGGGGCAGAUGGAGAACCCUUGUCCAAGGCGGCUAAAAAGAACGCAAAGAAGAGAGAAGCAAAGAAGGCAGCGGCAGCGGCUGCAGCCCGCGAGCAACACCACGGUGGAGGGCCGGCCAGUAACCUUGCACCGGAGCAACGACAACAAGGUGGGAGGGGAAAGAGUCCGAGUCGGAGCCCGGAUGGUCGUGGCCAUCAGCGCAGUCGAAGUAGGAAUUAUGUGCCUGCACCUGGUCUUGAGCCACCCAGUGGGCCGAAGAAGGAACGGAGCAGGAGCAACAGCCGACGACAACGUGGUGAUACGAACAGCUCAACUUUUGAUCGUCACCACCCAUUUGCAAACGGCACGCCUAAGGGGCCUGCACAGGGAGCACCCAAUGCCACUCCGCAGAGCAAGACACCUCGCACGAACGCGCCGACGAGUAUCAACACGACUAUUCCCAUGCCCACACCUCCGCCUGUUCCUCAAGCGUCACAAAUCCCUCCCGAAUUGGAAGUCACGUCGCCCCUGACCCCAGGCGGCAACCCUCAGGACAAGAAGAUCCGAGGCCUGUUAAAGAAGAUCAGGGCGAUCGAGGAUCUGAAGAUGCGCUUUGCUGGGGGCGAGAAGCUGGAGGAUACGCAGAUGAGGAAGAUCCAGAGUGAAGAAGGGGUCAGGAAGGAGCUGGCGGCGUUGGGAUAUUCUGCGUGA